AUGGACGACCAGACCGAUCGUGUGGCCGCCUACCUGGACGACCAGCUGCAGGCCGCUGCCGACCUCGAGUCGCUCGACUCGCUGCUGUCCAACAUCAGGACCCAGCAUGGCCUGCUCAAGCAGCAGCUCGAGCAAGCCGACAAGGAUGCCCACGACGCGCGCCAGGCCGCCCAGGAACACGCCGCCGCCCUCACGGCCCAGAAUGACCGCUUCCAAGCCGCCCAGGCCGACAUCGACCGCCGCCUGACCAUCAUUGCCCAGUCCGAAACCAGCGACGAUGCCGUGCGCAAGUUUGAGAAGAGCAUGGGCAAGCUGCAGACGCUGGAGAUCGCCGCCCACUACACGCAGAAGCUGCGAGAGGUCGACCAAUUGAGCAACGAGGCGGAUUCCCAGCUCAGCGUGUCUAGCGAAGCGGCCCUCGCGUCCUACCGCCAACUCAAACAGCUCGAUGCGAGCCUGGGGCCUUUACAGGAUGCGGCUGAGGGUGCGGCGCCCCAUCUGAUCGACCACAUUUCUCGGACCACACAACACGUCAGGGGACAGCUCAAGGACGCCUUCUCCGCUGACCUGGAGGCUGUGCUGAAGAAGGUCGAUUGGCCCAAGCGGCCUGAGACUACCUUCAUGGGCUCUUUGCAGGAGCAGUGGGCAAAGAGCGUGGGAAAUCUACUCGAGCUGCAGAAGCCGGAAUUGGAUGCUGCGGAAAAUACCGCGGCGCAGACACCCAGGUCCCCAUUGAUCUUGCUUCCGCUCGAGGUGCUGGUCCAGCCGUUGGAGAUGAGAUUCAGAUACCACUUCGAGGGAGACAAGCCCACCAACCGGCUGGACAAACCAGAGUACUUCCUCUCGCACAUCGUGGACCUGUUGAGCUCGUACAAUGGAUUCAUGGUCGACAACCUACAGCCCGUUCUUCUGGACCACUUCCGAGGCACAGAUCUUGCGUUCAAUCCCGUCUAUAUUGAUGCAGUUUCAGCGAUGAUCACUGCACUGCUGCCGAUGGUCCGCACAAAGAUUAUAUCUACCCUGCCGUUGAUUUCGGGCCAACCGCAACUGCUCAGCCACCUGAUGCACGAGAUUAUGAACUUUGAUACCAAGCUCCGAGAUGAUUGGGGCUAUGAUGGAGGCAAAGGCUCAGAAGGCUGGAAAGGCCUUGCCUGGGAGGUUUUGGUCCAGCAAGAUUGGUUCGGCCGAUGGCUCCAGGUUGAGAAGGACUUUGCCCUCUCAAGAUACCAAAGCAUCAUCGACACGCCAGAAAGCGGAGAACUCGAUUUCGACAGCGUGGACCCCAGCGCGACCAAGCCUACAAAGGCCGCUAUUCGGGUCAACGACCUCCUGGAAACCAUCACGGAUCGCUACAGGCCGCUGUCUUCUUUCUCGCAGAAACUAUCCUUCCUCAUUGAUGUCCAGAUAUCCAUCUUCGACCGCUUUCACGAGCGUCUACACUCCAGUCUCGAGGCCUAUCUUACCAUGACAUCCUCAGUCGGCCGCGCCGUUCAAGGCAUCAGCCGCGAAGAGCAAGCCAGCCUGCAAGGCGUAGCAGGGCUAGACCGCCUCUGCCGCGUGUACGGCAGUGCCGAUUACCUCGAACGGGCGAUGCGCGACUGGAGCGACGACCUAUUCUUCCUCGAGCUGUGGGAAGAGCUACAAGACCGGGCGCGCCGACGAACGAGCAGCACGCUAGCAGGGCCGCUCAAAAUCGCCGACGUGGCGCAGCGGACGUCGAACGCAAUCGGCUCGGAUGACGACAACACGGGCGCGCUCUUCGACGAGACGGCCGGCGCGUACAACCGGCUGCGCGUGCGCUCCGAGAGCAUCAUCGUCGACGUGCUGACGGACAAUAUCCGCGACGCGCUCAAGCCCUACCGCAGCAUCAACCCGUGGUCGACGCUGACGACGCAGACCUCGCACGCCAUCUCGCCCGAGCUCGAGCCCCUGCUCACCUACCUGACGACGUCGCUGGCGUUUCUGGCCAAGGCCCUCGGCCGCUCCCCCCUCCGCCGUAUUGCGCGCCACGCGUGCCAGGGCCUGCAGGCCGCGCUGUGGAGCGACAUUCUGCUGCGCCACAGCUUCAGCACGGCGGGGGCGACGCAGCUAGGCGUAGAUGUCGGCGCGGCCAGCGAAGUCAUUGAGCGCUGGGCUGGCGAGGGGGUGGCGGUCCACGGGCUGCGGAAGGUAAGGGAGGGGGUUGCGCUGCUAGGGCUUAGUGUCAGGGGGCAGCGGAACAGGGAUGGGACGGUGAGGGAGGAGGAGCGUGAAGAGGAGGACGGGCUUGCGGGCCGGGGGGACGAGGACGAGGUCCGUGUUGAUGGGAGUAGGAGGGCGGGGUUGGGCUUGUGGGAGGUGGAGCGUCGCCUUUUUGCCGAUAAUGAACAGGCGCGGCUGGUGCUUGAGGAGUUGGGGUUUGAGAGCUUGGGCGAGGUCGAGGCGCGGCAUGUGCUGGAGAGGAGGGUCGAGUUGAGUAGUUAG